CGACAGUCUUAUGGCGAUCAAAAAAAAAACUCUCCAGCUCCUGCCCAAGAAACUCCUGCCAUCGCCAUCGCCAUCGCCAUGGCACUGGCCAGCUCCACCUCCCUCUGCUCACCUCCACUCCCCUGUCCACGCCUCCGCCGCCGUUACAGUGCCGCCGCGCCCACCGUCACCGCCUCGCCGACCACGCAGCGGUCGGAUGAGAACAUCGUCAUCGUGGGCGCGGGCGUCGCGGGCCUGGCCACCGCGCUCGCCCUGCGCCGGCUCGGCGUGGGGGCCACCGUGCUGGAGCAGGGCGCAACCCUGCGCGCGGGCGGCACGUCCCUGACGCUGUUCAAGAACGGGUGGCGCGUCCUGGACGCCAUCGGCGUCGCCGACGAGCUCCGCGCCAAGUACCUGCGCAUCCAGGGGAUGAGGAUGCGGUCGGCGGCGGCGGGCGGGCGGGAUCUGCGCGAGUUCUCCUUGGAGGAAGAAGCCCCCGGGCAGGAGGUGCGAGCGGUGGAGAGGAGAGUGCUUCUCGAGACGCUUGCUUCGAAGCUGCCACCAGGCACGAUAUCAUUCUCAUCCAAACUGAAAUCGAUUGCAGAGCAGGGGCCUGAUGGCACCCUGCUGGAACUCGAGGAUGGGAGACAAAUUCUCUCCAAGAUUGUGAUCGGCUGCGACGGCGUGAACUCGCCGAUCGCGAGGUGGAUGGGCUUCUCAGAGCCUCGGUACGUCGGGCACAUGGCGUUCCGGGGGCUCGCGGAGUACGCCGACGGACAACCGUUCAAGCCCAAGGUGAACUACAUCUACGGCCGAGGUGUCCGUGCUGGCUUUGUCCCGGUCUCCCCGACCAAAGUCUACUGGUUCAUCUGCUUUAACAGACAAGAUCCAGGCCCAAAGAUCACCGACCCGGCGGUGCUCAAGAGCGAGGCGCUGGACCUCGUCCGCGGCUGGCCAUCCGACCUCCUCGCCGUGAUGCACAGCACGCCCGAGGGCGCCGUGGUGCGGACGCCGCUCGUGGACCGGUGGCUCUGGCCGGGCCGGGCGCCGAGCGCGUCGAGGGGCGGGCGUGUGGUGCUGGUCGGCGAUGCGUGGCACCCCAUGACGCCCAACCUCGGCCAGGGCGCGUGUUGCGCGCUCGAGGACGCCGUCGUCCUAGCACGCCGCCUCGCACCCGCUGCUAGCGGGGGCACGAAUAGUAUUGAGGCGGCGAUGCGUGCGUACGAGGCGGAGAGGUGGUCACGCGUGUUCCCACUUACGGCGCGCGCAGGGCUAGUGGGCACGCUGGUGCAGUGGGAGAACCCUGCGGUUUGCGCGGUGCGCGACGGCGUGGUGAUCCCGAGGCUCGUCAGGCUAGGCCCGUUCCUGGAGCACACCAACUUCGAGUGCGAUCUGAUCGAGCCGACGCCGCAAUCACCAUGUCCAUGAUGGAAAGCGUACAGGUUUCUCAUGUAGAUCAGUAUCUAAGUCCUUACACUAUUUUUACUUCUUGCUGAUAAUAAUUACUUAGCUUAAAGAAUGUCGAUUUGCUGUGUAAUCAUGUACAUACUGUAUACCAAAUGUAUGAGUUCAAGCUAGUAAACAAGUUUUUUAA